UCUUUUCCUCUUUUUUAGUCUUUCUUCCUAUCACCCUUUCAAUCACACUUUCUCCUUUUACCCUUUCUUUUGGUUUUCUUAUUCACACCUCUGUCCAUCACUGACGACGACGAGGACGACAACAACAACAACAACAACAACAAUAACAACAGCAGAGACAGAAACAGCAGAAACAGAAACAGCAGAAACAGCAGAAACAGAAACAGCAGAAACAGACAUGGCCUCAAACAACGAAGUCCCCCGCCUGCCCCACGGCCGCUCGCCGGCCGACUAUUUCAACUCCGUCAAGGCCAAGGUGCUCAUGCACCUUGGCCGGCUCUCCUCCUCGGCGGUUGAAGAGACCGACCCCCGUGUGGUCGAGAAGGUCCAAGAGGUCAUGGUCUUCCUGAAGUACGUUGAGAACUGCCGCGCCGCCUACCCGACCUCCGCCCCCCGCGAGCUCUUCAACGCCAGAUACCCCCUCAAGAUGUGUCUGGCCAUGAUCUUCAACCCCUCCCCCACCGCCAAGAAGCAGUACUUCGAGGGGAGGAUCAAGUCUCGCGCGAAGUCGCUACACCAGUGGGCUGACCGGGUCGAGGACGCCACGCGCCUCGCCAACCAGCAGGCCGCUCUUCAAGAGGCCCAGGCCAAGGCCGAGGCUCAGGCUCAGGCCAAUCCCACAAAGCCGAACGGCAUCCUCAGACCCCCCCGCAAUCAUCCCAUCUGGGGAAUCGGCGGUGUCAUGCGCGGCCUCGCUGUCCGGCCCAGCGAGCGACUCAUCGUCGUACUCAACCCGGAUUGCGCCAACGAAAAGCGCCCCGCCAACGUCCACGGCCAUAACGGCCUCCAAGUCGGCGAUUGGUUCCCUUCGCAGUUGUCCGCGCUCUUCCACGGCGCACACGGCCACUCCAACGCCGGCAUCUACUUCCAGGCUGAGGAGGGCGCCUUCUCUGUCAUCGUGGCCGGCGCGUACAAGGACCUCGACGUCGAUUCCGGCGAUACCAUCCUCUACUCCGGAUCCAACGCCCACGAGAGCAACGACAGGGAUAGCAUCCUCCCCAGCACGGAGGCGACCAAGGCGCUGGCCACCAACUGGCUCACCGGCAAGCCCGUCCGCGUCCUCCGCAAGGCGCACAAGGGCUCCGAGUGGGCUCCUUCGCACGGAUACCGGUACGACGGCCUCUACGAGGUCGUCGAGAGAAAUUUCGCGCACAACGACAAGAACGGCAUGUUCGAGCAGUUCGAGCUCCGGCGCCUCGGCGGACAGCCUCCCCUCGGUAGCUUGAGGAACAUCCCCAGCCAGCGCCAAGUCCGCGACCUCAUCAAGUCCAAGGACCGCUACUAAAGUCGAAGCCGAACGAGGCCAGCCCGCCCGCCCGUACACUCGCAGGGAGGAACAUGCAGCAUUUUCCCAGACGGACCGAGUUCGACCCAUGGACGAGUAGAGGGUUCGAGGCAUUCAGAGAGAGAUACGACGAUUGAAGAAUUCUUGGGUUCGGUAACGCAUUCAAGAAAACACGAAAUGAACGGCGUGCUUAGCGGAGGAAUUAUCUUUACGUCGAUGAUUGAGACUAUUAAAAGGCUGGAUACCCCCAACGAAGAUAUGAUUUGACGUCAUGAUGGCAGAGGAUUGAGUGGGAAAUCAGACUUCUUUGCUCAAGGAAACGGGAUGGUUACUCGCAGAUUCUAAC